CGAAGUGCGUUAUUUCAUUUUUAUACCCAUUUAAUUUAAUUAGAAAUAUAAGAAAAUCAACAAUAUGCGGGAGUGAAAUUGUGCGAAUCCAAAAACCAAAACGGGGUAAAUGGCCGCUUCGUAAAUGGGCUUAAAACUGACGCGAAAUAAAACUGCCAACAACAACAACAACCAAGAGCAGAAAGCAUAAGCAAGCAAACAGGCAACAACAACUACAGCAGCAACAACAACGCAAUUGUGAUAGACAAAGAAAUAGAUUAAGAAGGGAAGAAAACAGCAACAGAGAACGAAGGGGCCCACAAAACGCAAACAACCCAAGCACUGCGGGGGAAAAUGGGAAAUAUAUUUUUGCAUAAAUAACAUAUUAAUGAAGAAAAACUGAGAAAUAAAUUCAAGAAAACGGUUUUACACACUUACAUUUGUAUUUGAUACGAUACGCAACGAAAAUAGCUUUAAAGUAAUAAGUAAUAAGCAAGAAGAAGCAGCGGAAAAAAGCAAAGCGAUACAAAAUAAAUAAGAAAAUCAUUUAAGGCAAACGGAAAAUAAAACAAUACUCGCGCUGAAAGAGACAAAGCGGAAGCAGAAGAGAACGCAAAACCAAAGCAAAAAGCAAAUAAGAAGAGGCUUGUUGUGUUGUUGUUGACUCGACUUUGGCGUCGACGCUGCGCAGCGCUGCUGCCGCUGGCCCCAAAUAAAAACACACAACACAGGCACGGCACGGCCACAGCUGAUGCAAAAUAAUUUUCAGCGCUUGUGUGUUCGUUUACAAUUGAUUAAAACCAAAACACACAAACGCUCCACACACACACACAACGUAGCACACACAGGCACGCCAUUGUGAAAAUUGAUCAAAGAUUACAAGCAUAACCGCCAGGUGGCAGCACCAGACUUCGCUGCCACACACACACACACGAAAACAACUACUACUAGCACACACACGUACAGAUGAAGGAACAAAACCAAUACUAUUGAAGCACUGCCAAACCAUAAGUGUAACGAGCAGAAAUAAGGCGAAAGCGGUGGAGCUCACCAAGGUGGGGAUACACUGUCAGAGAGAGAGAGAGAGAGAAAGAGGAGAUAGAGAAACAGCUCCAUGAUGCUGUACGUAUUCCAUGUGGACGUCGGUCGCAUGCUGAGCUUCGACAUGAACGUGGCCCUGCAGUCCGUGGAGAACUUGAAGGAGACAAUACAGAAGCUGCACGGCAUUCCAGCCGUCAACAUUGUCCUGCUGGUGAGCGGAGGCGAGAUGCUGACGCACUCCACCCAGGUGUCGUGCUACUCGGCUGGCACCGACACCAAUCCCAUUUACAUGUUUCUCACAGGCGACGAGCGGCUGGCGCCCACGAUACAGAACAGCGACGCCGACGUGGAGCUCCGACGCCAGGUGGAGGAGAGCCACAAACUUCCGCCGGCCCUCGAGACAGUGCGUCAGCGGGCACAGCUGGCGCAGCAUAUGCGCGAGCUUGCGCGUAAGGAGGAGGCUCAGUGCGAGCGACUGGUCCACGAGCAGCAUCUGCAGCAGCAGGGCUGGUCGGCGGUGGUGGCCAACAUGGAGGAUCUGACCAACGAGUUCCGUGAGCGCUUCCACAACUUCUGUCUGGCCUUUGAUCGACACCUGCAGAAGCGGGACAGCUACCUGGAGCUGUUGAGGAACUUCUCCGAUGAUCUCAAGCAGCUUGCCAGGAUUCCCAUACUGCCUGGCCUCAUGGCUCUCGCCGAGGCCGAUUUCCAUGGCUUUGACGAGCUGCUGGACAACGAUGAUGUGUUUGCCCAGCAGCAGCAGGAGCAGCAGCAGGGGGGUCUGAAUGAGUCUUCGCAAGCUGACUCGCCCAACAAGAAGCUCAAGAUGGGGGACGAGAAGGAGGGCGCAGGUGAGGAAGGGUCAGCUCGGGGCGUGCCCGAGGGCGAUCAGCAGGCAGCGACCAGGGUUUCCCAGACCUCAACAACCUCCAGCUCGAUGGCGCGUCGCCACAAUCUGAAUCUGCUGCAGUGGAUCAGCUCCAAGGGCAACCACAGUGCGCUGCAGCUGAUGUCGGACGAGUGCAUCCAGGGCCUGGACAUCUUCAGCGCGGACAUAUACGAGAAGCUCAAGGAGGAGGUGCAGCACAUAAUCAAGAUGGCCAACCAGGGGGACGUUAAGGAGAUAAAGGGACUCAGCGACCGCCUGUGCAAGCUGGAGGAGUUCAAGUUUAAGAUAAAGAAGAUGGUGCAGGAGCAGAAGGAGCAGGCCCUAGCCCUCCAGCAGAACGAGGCGCGUGCCCUGAAUCUGCGCGACAAUUCCGUGCUGCCCGACCUGUGCCUCUCGCAUUGCACACAGCUGCAGGUGAUGCUGGAGAACCAUAUCAAGAUCCGCGACUACUGCCGCUGCAUCGCCAACUCCAAGGACGAGCUGGGCAAGAACCUGCACACGCGUUUGCGGCGCAUCGUGUGGAUCGAAAAUGGCAUGAGCGAGUUUGACAACCGCCUGCUCUUCAACCACCGCUGUCUGAGGCGAGCCGAGCGACACAUCAGCAUCAUAGAGCAGAUCCACAGGGCCCCCUGCACCUAUGUGGCGGCUGUGGCCGAGGUGGUGCGCCGGAAGAUAUUCUCCGACGAGUUCCGCCAGUGGGCCACGCGACUUUCGGUCGACUUUGACCGCAUCCACAGCGACGAGCUUCGUCGCAGGCGGGAGUUCAACGCCAGCUUCGACGGCCACUUUUUGAACAUCCUCUUUCCCGGCAUGGGCGACAUGCCGCCCGCCUUUGCGAACGAGCAUCCCCUCAGCUUCGACACGCGUCUCCCGCCGCUCAGCAGAUCGGACAUUGAGCUGCUCUCCUCGCAGCUGCCCGAGCUGUCCGCCCAGCUCCAGCUGCCGAACAUGAGGCCUGUGAUAGAGUUCUUUGUGCAUCGAUCUGGUGUGACCAGGGAGCAGGAGCGGGAGCAGGAAGAGUCCGAGCAAGAGCCACCUCUGUUGGCUCCGCGACUGGUUGAGCUGCAAGGAGCUGGAGUCGGCACUUCGGCAACUUCCGACUGCGAAACGGACACAGAAACAGAGUUUGAAAAACUGACGACGGCCGUCAAGUCCGUGAGCACGACGACCAGCGGCAUCGUUGGCGAGCAGAUAGCCAGGAGCACGGCCACGGAGGAGCUGCUGAUGCUUAGCGCGGGCACCCUCACCGAGGAGAAUGGAGCCAGCGUCCAGAGGAUGCGCGGGGCCAUCGAGGACAUGUCCAAGCUGGCUCUGGCCUGUUUGGCGGAGGCCCGCUCCAAUCUGGGCACGUUCCGCAGUGACGCCGCUGGCUACCAGGACGAGCUGCAGUCAGAGCUGCAGCUGCUGCAGGACAAGUGGAACGUACUGCACAUGCAGUGCGGGGAGCGCGAGCGGCAGACCCAGGAGCAGUUGGAGGAAAUGCGCCUCAAGCUGGAGAUGGCGGAGCGAGACAAGCUGGCAGCUGUAACCCAGGCCAGGGAGCAGCUGAUCCACGAGCACAAAACGGAGCUGGAGUCGCUGCGCUGCCGCUUCAAGCUGAUGACCUCCAUGGAGCGCUCGCCCUCGGACAGCAGUCUCGAGAAGCUGGAGCGUCCAACGAGCAGUGCCAGCGUGGCAAGCGCCACCGCCACCGUGGACGUGGACCAGCUGCUGUGCCAACAGCGACAGGAGCUGUUGGCCCAGCGCGAGCGAGCCAUCAGUGAGGCCGUGGAGUCGGAGCGCUCCCUGUGGCAGUCGCGCCUGCUCCCACUGAACUCAGAAUCUGUGAUGGCCAAUGUGGGCAUACUGAAGGAUAUGCUAGCGGAGAAGGAGCGGCAGCUGGAUCAGCUGCGGGAGCAGAUCCAGUUCCUCACCCAGGAGUCGUACCAGCUCAAGACGCGCCUGGAGAUGAUCACCAAUGAGGACGGCAACAGCUGGCUCAAGGAGAAGAUCGACUAUCUGAGUCGGGACAAGUGUCGGCUCGAGGAGGAGCUCAACCAAGAGAAGAGCAAGCGCCUGGAAAUGGAGACCAGUGUGGCAGCCAUGAAGAGCUCCAGCUACGAUCUGCCUUCGAUCGGCGGUACAAUGACCCGUUCCAAGUCGGCGGGCGGUUCAAGUCAUCGGUCCAUUGCCCUGGAGGGCUGCGGCAGGGGCGAUCUCGUCUUUGUCGUGUGGAGCAUGCGCCAUGCCCAGUUCAUGGUCGUACAGGACUCGCUCACACUCUAUUUUGUCCAUGGGGAUAGUUUGGCCGGCCUCCAGCUGACGCCUCCAAUCACACUUGCCCCGGCUUCGGGCGCUGCCGACGCCUCCGUGGCCGUAGCGGAUUUGAAUCAAAUCCCUCUGCCGUACUAUGCCAUUGGACGGGUUGUGGACAAGGAGUACUGCCAGGCGCGAAAGGACGACAAUCGGUACCGCGUCAGCAGGGGCUCCAAGUUCUAUAGGAUCAAGCUGGCGCCCAUGCCCUCUCGAAAUGCUUCGCGGCGGGAGCGUUUAGAAUCGAGCUCAGCCGCCGCAGCAACAGCGUCAGCAUCGUUGGCAGCUAUGACUCGAGAUGUCAUCGAUGCGCCAGGCACGUCCGGAAGCAACGUCUAUCCGGGCUUCAAACAGCGCACUGUGAGCAUCACGAGCGUGAACGAGGAGGACGACGAGUCCGCUUCGUUGCUCAGCGAGCGCUGUCGCUACAUUAGCGUGAGCGAGGAAGAUGAAUUGCUUGCUGCUGGCGGCACAGCAACAGCAAUAGCAAUAGUCCCAACGCCCCAAACGGUAGCGGCAGUAGCAGUAGCAGCAGCGGGAGCAGCAACUCAAGCACAGUCUGUGAUAACAGAGCAGCCAACGGCAUCGAGCAAACUUAAACUGGAUCUACUGUUGGCCUCUGCUGAUAUAAUAACACAACCCCUAACACAACAAACAGAGCAACAAGAUGAGGCGAGUGCAGUGCAGGUGGCGCCUGUGGUGGAUCGAAAUCCGAAUGAACCAGUAAUCGGAGAAUCCGAGGGCAAUGCAGAUGCGAAGGAGCCAGAUACUAUUACAAUCUAUGUGCCCCCAGUUCCGGAAAUAACUGCGUUUGUUAGGGCGGAGGAAUCUGUGUCAAGCACAGCAGUACCCACGCUACCAAUGUCGAUUGGUACGACGGCCAUAAGCGAGGACUCCGACACCGAGUACCGCUCACUGGAGGGCAGGGAGGACGCUGAGGCAGAUGCCGAUUUUCCCAUUUCCGAAUAGGAUACGACAAUUGAGAGUUAUAUAUAACUACGUAUAUAUGUACAUGCAUAUGUAUAUGGCGUGUGUAUCUAGGCUAAAUCUUUUACUCUAUGUAGGAACCGAACCGAAAGAAACCCUAACAAUUAAGCCACAGGGCCACAAAGUCCUCAACACAGACACCGACAGAAAAACACCAACAAAAACUCCAAUAAAACAGCAACACAAAACAGUAACAGCCACGUGAAAAGUUAUACAUACAUACUUAAAUAAUUUAAAGUUUACAAAUUGCAGAACAUAUAUAUUCAAAGGAAAAAAAUCAAUAACUAUAGCUAAACGGAAAGCAAAUGUUCUAAUGUAGUCUAUGUCUGUCUACAUAAUGUACUAUAAUCUAAUCUAAUCGAUGACUCCUGUAAAUGAGUUCGAAGAGGGCCUUUCUCUCUCACUGUCUUCACAGUCCCCCCCAUCCACACACAACACAUCACACAGACACACAAGCUGCAAUUUUCAAAAUAAAUUAAUGUACGCUAAAAAUUACUUUGUAAUCGAAAAUUGUACGCCAAUCAAAUAGUUUUUGGUUGAAUGUGAUUAUAUUUUGCUUAUUUAAGUGCCAAGAAAGUUAAUUUACAGUUUAAUAGUUCUGUAGCGAGUAAAAAAUUUAUACGAUGAUAACAUAUUUUUUUAUAGGAUUUUGAAAGGACCAGAACCCACACAGAACACACACCCUCACAUGGUAUGUAUUGGGCUCAGCCCGGAAAAACAAAACACAGUUUUAUGCUCACCUUUCUCUCUUCCACGCCACCUUUCCCCAAUAGUCUCCAUUUUCUCUCCCCCUCUCUAUAUCUAGGGUAUCUUGAUUUUUCGACUUUUUGUAAAUAAUUAAGAUCGGAAAUCGACGAAUAGUUAUUUAUGCCUUUAUUCAUAACCAAGAAACACUUGAAAAUUACGACAAGAAUGUAGGAUAUACACACAUUAAUUGGUUUUUGCGUGAUAGGAUGACGAUUUUUUAGCGCGAAUUGUAAAUAAAACACACAAAAACUAAUUUAAAACUAUAUAAUACUUUAACAAUUUAAAUGAGGAAAUGUGUAAGCGAAGGUGUAACAAAAGCGGGUUGCAAAAAUGUCAAGCUUAAAAAAAAAACAAGUGUAAAAGCAAAAAUCAAAUAAAAAAUGGUAAACAUUUCAAAA